AAAAUAGCACAAUAUAUUAAAAUAAAAUAAUGUUUUUCUAACGUUAGAAACGCGGACAAACGCAUAAUAGUAAAAAAUUGUAUAAACUGCAAGUUUUUAACAAGUGCACACAAUGCAAUCCAUUGAUAGCCAGUUUGAGAGGCUGGUCGGUCCCAAACCACAUGAGUAAUCGCACACAUGAGCGCAUGUAUGUAAUUUGUAUUCAUACGUAACACAACACAAUAGCAUAAUACUGCGGCUUUAGAUUCGCGGAAUAAGUGAUUGUCCGCCUUACUGCACAUCGCGCGUUAUAUACAAACUUUGGAUUUCUCGGUGUAAGUUAUAUAUUAUGGAAAUGAUGCGGAGGGAGGGAGAGGGGUUCAACCCGUGAGGGAGAUCAGGAUCAGGAUGAACAAGGUCGAUGCUAUUUAAUGAUAUUAUUGCGAGGAUACAAUUUGAUAUCCGAUAAAAUUGUGGCACUAACGAGAUUGUCAUGCUAUGCACUUCCGCCGUAGGACAUAUAAAGCCACACACGUUCCUAUCUGCACGCAGAGUGAUGUUGUUUGUCCGAUUGCAAAAUGCAACCACUCGGUGUAUUGUUGUUGCUUCUCACCUGGCAACUCGUUGCACCGAUACCAAUUUUCGAUAGAGAUGGUGCAGGUUUACAUAGUGGAUAUCGAUCAGCUGGAUUCGGAGAAACUAUACGAGAUUGGUUCAGAAUACUAAAAAAUCGAGUCGUGGGAAAAUGGCAAGAGUGGUUCGGUAACGACAAUCCAACUCCAAGUUUCUCACCGCAGGAUAUUUUCAACAUCGAUAAAACUAUAGAAAAUCGAGUAUCGGGUUAUCCAGGUUUAUUCUUGGAUUUGUCUAGCAUAUCCUUCGACCCAAAACAAGAUUGGGGCGUUCGAGUUGGUAACUGGUACAUCAUCCGAAAAGUUACAGGAAAUAACUACAGUCCAGAUAGCGAUUCAGAUGAGUGGGACAUGAGACCUCUGAUGCCAAACCUGCCAUCACCUCCCAUGUUCGGGAUCGAUUGGACUCCUAAUAUAUACGAAUUCGAGAUUCCAAAAGCUACGCAACUUCCAACGACUACACCAAAAAUUAAAUUGACCACGCCACGACAACAGACAUCUCAAACUGUUACUCAGACUGAAUCAGUCUUAACUGAGUCUACUGUAACUCUUACCGAACCGAUUCCACUUAUUACCCAGUUAACUGCAACUUCCACAGAGCCGAUUGCAACAUCGACCGAAGAAAUUCUAACUUCUACUGAAUCGAUUGUAACAAACGCGCGCGAUGAAUCAGUUACGAUAUCUACUGAAUCAAUCUUAACAUCUACUACGGAAACAAUUACAUUUUCUACAGAAUCAAUUGUUCCGUCCACUGAGUCUGCAGUGACUUCCACCGAAUCAAAUAUAUCAUCCAUCGAGACAAUGUUAAAUUCUACCGAAUCAAUCGUAACAUCUAUCGAAUCUACUGUAAUUGUCACUGAAUCAAUUGCGACAUCAACCGAAGAAAUUGUAACUAGUACUGACACCGAAUUGCCUGAUCGAACGUCCACCGAUCUAAUCUUACCUGUCUUCAAUAAGAAAAUAGAAGAGAACGAGACUGUCAAUACACGUACUACAAAAAAGCCCCGUCCAGCAUCCGCUGAAGUCAUAAUGUUUUAAAAACAGGUCAAACGAGAUUCCAUAUACGACAAGAUUCAACUUUGUUCACUUAACAAACAUAACAUUUAAAGUGAGUCUAUUGUAAAUAUAUCUUAAUACCAUUAAUUUAUUUUGACAAUAUUAAUAUAUGCCAGGAAAAAUUUAGAGAAAAAAUAAUUUUCUACACUACAAGAAAUUUAUCUCAGAAUUGUUUAAAUUUUAGUAUAUUUAUAAAAAGAGAUAUAUAAGAAAAAAUAAUUAUAGAAUCUCACAACGGACUCAGUUUAAUGUGACAAUGAUGUGUUAUUUGAAGUAUUAUUUUGGUAGGGAUAUUGGCGCAUUAAUUUA